GAAACGGGCUGAGGGUUUCUUUUGCCGGUGGACUAGAAACUCCCGCCAUUUCGACAGGGAAUUAACCUCUUGUUUGAUUGGGGAUACUUUCUUGUGACACUUGCGAAUAUUGUUUAUUGAUAAAACAAAACCUCGACAGCACAGCUCAUCAGCAAAAAAAAGAUCAGCUCUAGUUCAAAAGUAUUUUGUUAGGACUGUAAAACUGCAGCCGAAUUGAGCUCUGGCUGUUGCCGCGAGUUUGAUUUCGGUGUGGCUCUCAUCCUUUCGUGUUCACCUGGAGGAACUAAAAGUUUACCAACUAACCCGUCGGAGCAAAGCUUUAAUACCUUUUACUUCCCGGAAUUCUGGUUAAAACCAGCGAGUCUCCGCAGCUGCAGAAGCGGAGAAUGUUGCGAUGAGGCCAUCGGUGAGAAGCGCACUGUUAUUGUUUUGCAACGAGAUAGAGAUCCAGACUGCUAGCUGAUUAGCUAGCUUCGGCACGCUCAGAGCCGGGGCCUGCCGGCUGUAACGCGAGACGUGCUAUCGCUCGGUACAUAUAUUACCGAGGCUUGGAUACAUGCUAAGGACUAUCACGGAGUAAGGUUGUGCUAGUUUGUUGCCAGAAAGUCACGUUCAGCCUCUGGCACUCGUGCCGUCUUUGGAUCUGCCAUGGCACCGCUUCUGGGCCGGAAACCGUACCCGCUGGCUAAGCCGCUAGCCGAGCCACCAGGCCCGGGAGAAGAGGUCUACAUCAUCGACCAUACCAAGGAGGCCUUCAGGAACAAAGAAGAGUAUGAGGCACGCCUGCAGAGGUAUGAUGAACGCAUCUGGACAUGCAAGAGCACAGGAAGCCUCCAGCUUACUCACAAAGAGGCCUGGGAGGAGGAACAAGAAGUCACAGAGCUGCUUCAGGAGGAGUACCCUCUGUGGUUUGAGAAGCCAGUCCUUGAGAUGGUCCACCACAACACGGUGUCCUUAGACAAACUGGUGGAGAUGGCCUGGGUGGAAAUCCUCACCAAGUAUGCUGUUGGUGAAGAGUGUGACUUUCUGGUGGGAAAAGACCAAAGUUUGCGAGUGAAAGUGAUCAAGAUUCACCCCUUGGCGACUUCAGAGGGUGAGUCGGGUGAGAAGAAGCUUGAAGGUGCCUGUGACUCCCCAUCCAGCGACAAGGAGAACGCAAGCCAGGAGAACCAGAGGAAGGAGCCCCCGUCUCGAGAGGAGGAGAACAGAAGGGAGAGUCUGAGUGACAGAGCGCGGCGUUCUCCGAGGAAAGCUACCACUGCCAUGAAGGAAGAGAAGAGGAGAUGGGUCAUGCCCAAAUUCCUUCCUCACAAGUAUGACGUGAAGCUCAUCAAUGAGGAUAAGGUGAUCAGCGAUGUCCCAGCAGAGAGUCUCUAUAGAACAGAGCGACCUCCAACCAAGGAGAUCAUGCGCUACUUCAUCAGACAUUACGCCCUGAGGCUGGGCAAAGGAGAAAGUGCCCCCUGGGUGGUCGAAGAUGACCUGGUGAAAAAAUACAACCUGCCCAGUAAAUUCAGCGACUUCCUCCUGGAUCCACAAAAGUUCUUGGCAGGAAACCCGUCCACGAAGCGUAAAAGCUUGACUUCUCCUGAAGGCAAACCUAGCAAGAAGGUGAAAACCGGUGACACUCCUGGAGAGGAUUCAGGAAAUGAGAAGGGAGAGAAGAAGAAGAAAAAGAAGAAAGAAGGGUUGCCUCUUAGUCCCACCAUAUGGGGUCACAUGCAGAAGAUGAAGAUGAAUGGUUCCCCCCUCAAGGUAAAGAACUCUGGAACUCCUAAGAAAGGAGACGGAAAAGGCUCUGCUCCCUCCACUCCAAGGUCUGGCAAGAAGACCGGUGACAAAAAAGAUGGGAAGAAAAGCGGAAAGGGUGUCGAUAAGAAACUUGAUGUUCUAAAAUCUUCUAAAAAAGAUGGAAAAACUGGUGAUAAAACACCAAAAAUGAAGCAGAUGACUCUGUUGCAGCUGGCUAAGGGAACCCCUGCAGGGAGCCCUAAGAAGCGGGCUCGCAGCUCCAGCCUGGGCACACCCAAACUUGGGAAGCCGCUGCACCCCAUGGCGUUGCACCUCGUCCGCUACUACAAGGAGCACAAGGGAAAAGAGGAUAAGAAAACGUCCCUCUCUUCCCUCAUAACCAAAGCUGCCAAGACGUUGUCCGCCGAAGACCGCGGGCGUCUGCCGGACGAGCUGAAGGAGCUGGUUCAGAAGCGCUGGGAGCUGCUGGAGCAGAAGAAGAGAUGGGCAGCCAUGAGUGAAGAAGAGAAGAACGAGGAGAUGAAGAGGAGGCGUGCUGAACUCAAAGAGAAACUGAGAGAAAAGGCCAAGGAGAAGCGCAAGCAGGAGAUGUUGGUCCGCCAGGAGCAGUCGCGUAGAUAUGAGGACCAGGAGAUCGAAGGUGGCAAAACGCUGCCGACGUUCAAACUGGUGGACAUGCCCGAAGGCCUGCCCAACACGCUGUUCGGCAGCGUCGCCAUGGUGGUGGAAUUCCUCCACUGCUACGCCGGGCUGCUGAUGCCUGAGGAUCAGUAUCCGAUCACAGCGGUGGCGCUGAUGGAGGCGCUGGCCGGGGAGCGCUCCGGCUUCCACUACCUGAACCGCGUGCUGGUGGUGCUGCUGCAGACGCUGCUGCAGGACGAGCUGGCCGAGGGCUACAGCGAGCUGGACAUGUCCCUGUCAGAGAUCCCGCUCACCAUGCACUCGGCGUCGGAGCUGACGCGCCUGUGCCUGCGGCCGUGCGACGCGCACGACGAGAGCGGCCAGGGCUCGGAGGACUCGGGCGCGGUUGGCGGCUACGACGACGUGGUGAGCAGCGAGUUCCUGGAGAAGCUGGAGACGGUGGAGGUGUUCGAGCUGAGCCCGGAGGAGAAGGUGGACCUGCUGGUGGCGCUGUGUCACCGCAUCCUCAUGACCUACUCGGUGGAGGACCACGUGGACGCCAUGCAGCAGCGCUCGGCGGAGCUGUGGAAGGAGCGCCUGGCCAUGUUGAAGGAGGUCAACGACCGCAAGAAGGCAGAGAAGAAGAUGAAGAAGGAGAUGGAGAGCAAAGGUGGGGUCAGUCCCGGUUGUGUCGCAGGAUCAUCUGACAUGUUAAGAUAUUUACCAACUUUUACGUUUUCUUGGCUCAAAGGUGAGAAGAAAAAGGAGGGAGCAGCUAAAAAGGAGAUCAAGAAGGAAGUGAAGGUGGAGCCGGAGCCGGAACCUGAGGACCUGAUCAGCCUGGUGAAGAGCCGGCGGCUGAUGGCCAUGCAGGCCAAGAAGGAGAAGGAGGAGCUGGACCGGCAGAACAAAGAGCGGAUGGAGAAGGAGGCCGAGGAGGAGCGGCUGCGGAAGCAGAAAGCCGCAGCAGAGCGCGCCUUCCAGGACGGCAUAACCAAAGCCAGACUGGUGAUGCGCAGGACGCCACUCGGCACCGACAGAAACCACAACAGAUAUUGGCUUUUCUCCGACGUGGUUCCCGGGCUGUACGUCGAGAAGGGUUGGGUGCACGACGGCAUCGACUACAGCUUCACUCCUCCGCCCGAGGAGAAAGCGGCCGAGCCAGAGAUGGAGGAAGAGGAGGAGGAAGGCAGCGAGGCAGCUUCAGUUCCCGACUCACAACCCGAUUCACAAGGUAGAGAAGCUGAAAAAGACGACGCGAGCGUUGACGGAGCUGCAAGUGAAGGAGUCCAGCAGGGGGCAGCACCAGACGUCUGCAUUGAAACUACAAUUCCCAAACAGGGACAGAAUCUUUGGUUUGUCAUCGACAACCCGGCUGAGCUGGAGGAGCUGGUGGAAAGUCUUCAUCCUCAGGGAGUCCGAGAGAGCGAGCUGAAGCUAAAGAUCCAAAGCAGGUACCAGGACAUCCUACACUCCAUCUAUUUGAGUCGCAAAUCCAAACUGGGACUCAGGAGCUGCGACGGCUACGCCGAGCUGCUCAAAUACAUGCGCAGCGACAUCCAGGAGAUAGCCUCCAGGCUGCAAAAGGGAGGACUGGGCUAUCUGGAUGACAACGUAGAUAUAGAAGAGCAGCUGAAAGACAUGGAUAGCUUGAAGGACUUUGGUGAGUGCAUCAUCACGCUUCAGGCCUGUGUCAUCAAGAAGUUCCUGCAGGGCUUCAUGGCUCCCAAACAGAAGAAGAAGAAGAAACAAGCAGGGGAAGAAAGCAGCAAGGCCGAGGAGGUGGACGAGGAGAAGAAACUAGCAGAAGAAGCCAGGGUAGCCACAGCGGUAGAGAAGUGGAAGUCGGCCAUCAGGGAGGCGCUGACCUUCUCCCGGAUGCAUGUUUUGCUGGGAAUGUUGGACGCCUGCAUAAAGUGGGACAUGUCUGCCGAGAACGCUCGCUGCAAAGUCUGUCGCAGGAAAGAGCUCAGGAAGGACAUGCCUCUAAGGCUGAUGGAGUGUAGGACCAGACCCAGACAGGGAGGCAUCAGAAAGCUCAGAGCAGAGCAGGGUAGAUGUGUCAGGCAGGUCUACGUUGAGAGCCGGCAGCUCCGCACGCCCUCAGGUGAUGAUGAGAAGCUCAUCCUGUGUGACGAGUGCAACAAGGCCUUCCAUCUGUUCUGCCUGCGACCGGCUCUGUACCGCAUCCCUGCUGGGGAGUGGCUGUGUCCGGCCUGCCAGCCCACCGUGGCCAGGAGGGGCUCGCGCUCAAGGAAUUAUAAACAAGACACCGACGAAGAGGAGAGUGAGGAGGAGUCUGAAGAGGAAUGCUCUGAAGACGAUGACGAGGAUGAGGAAGAAAAUGACUACAAAGCCAUGGGGCACAGCUUGAGGCCGAGGAAGAAAAACAAGCAGUCUUCAUCACGACAGAAGAGCUCUAAAAGUAAAGCCAAGACGGUGUCCAGCAGGCAGAGCAGCAAGCAGAGAGCCGGGCCCAGCAGCCCCGCAGACAUCGACGAACUGGUGAGGCAGAGUACCCAGACGGGGAUCAGCAAGCAGGCGCUGGAGCUGGAGAGGUGUGAGGAGAUCCUGAAGAAGCUGAUGAAGUUCCGCUACAGCUGGCCCUUCAGGGAGCCCGUUUCCCUGGACGAGGCCGAGGACUACCUGGACAUCAUCUCGGAGCCCAUGGACUUCCAGACGAUGCUGGGGAAGUUCGGCCAGGGCUCGUACCGACACGCCCAGGACUUCCUGGAGGACAUGAAGCUGGUGUUCUCCAACGCGGAGGAGUACAACCAGCAGGGCAGCACGGUGCUCUCCUGCAUGGGCAAGACGGAGCUGACGCUCACCGAGCUCAUCCAGAAGCUGCUCCCCGGAAUCAGCUACCUCCGCCGGCGCUCCCGCAAGCGCGUCAACCAAGCUCCUCCUUCAUCUGAGGAGGAGGAAGAAGAAGAGGAGGAGGGUGAUGACGAUGAAGGGGACUGCGAAGAGCAGGAAGAGGAACCCAAGAAGAAGAUGCAGAAUGGCAAAUCGAACCAGAAGACGGGCAGGAACGUUCGGGGCCGGAAAGAGGAGAGCGAGAGCGAGGCGGACAGCGAGGAGGAGGAGAGCAGCAGGAGGAGGAAGAGCAAGAGGACCUCUGGCGCCUCCGGCAGGAAGGAUUACAGGGAGCUGGACAGCGACGGGGAGCAGGGCAUGAGGAGAACUCGUCUGCGGGGGGGGCGGGGCGACGCCAGCAGCGACGAGGAGCAGCCCAGCCAUCAGCAGCGACAUUCCAAGAGACUGAAACGCUCGUGAAGAACCCAGGGUGUCUUCUCUCCAUCAUAAUCUCUGGACCACUGGCUCUCCUCCUCCUCCUCCUCCUCCUCCUCCUCUUCCCACACAACCAGCAGGACUCAGAUUUCAGAAGGACUCGUUUUUGGUUAACAAAUUUAUGUUCACAUUUUGGAAAACAAAAAAAACUGAUUUAUAUUUGUAACAUUUUUGAUAUCAAUGAUGUUUUUUUUUUUGUUUGUUUGUUUUUGUCCCAACCAAGAAAAAUGAACCUUUUACGAUAAUUACUUUUUCUCAUGGCUCUUAGGAUUUAUAUUUCAGUUCGCCGUCGACAUCAUCACACUAUCCUGACGCUUUGUCGCCAGGCCAUCUCUUUGCUGACCUUUUUUUUUGUCCUGGAUGGGUAAUUUAUAGCUGCCAAGAUGUUUUAAUUUCAUUUCUGCCGAUAUACUCCUGGUCAGGAAUUUCAGCUGGGUUGAGUUUCAGAUUGCAGAUUAUCUUCAGGAACCAGAGCGGCUCAUAGAGCCUCUUGUCUGUAGUGCCCUGCCACUUUAAAACACCUCAGAUGAUCCUCCUGUUUGUACUCCUUCUUUGUAAAAGUAACGUCACCGGGCGUAAAUAAAAUUGUGUGCUUAAUCAUUUCUAUACAGUAUUUAAGACCAGUGUCUUUUUUUUUUAUUUUUUUAAAACAAUUUUCUUUUUGGGCACAUUUUAUUUGAUAUUGUAAAUGAAAACCUGUCCAAUAAAUGCAAAGAGAACAAGUCUCAGCAGAAAUGACCAUUUUUACCUUUUGUAACCAACGUACAACUCAGUUUAGUUUAAAAUUGACGCCAUGUUCCAGAAAAUGUCUCGGUGUUGUCACCAGGGGGCGCUCUGCCUCUCCGUUUAAUCCUCCAAUCGCUGCUGCAGAAUUUACUGGUGGAUUAAAAAUAUUUCAUUUAAACAUCUGUCUUUGUAUCAGCAGCCAGUCGACAUAGAAAGUCAAUGUAAAUCAGAUUUUUUUUUUUAAAUUAAUGCCCAAUGUGUAUAUAUUUAUAUAUUUGUGUAUACCGAAAAGGCAAUGGUUCGUAUUCCCCUCUUUUCCUGUCCGUACUGUGAGAUGCUGUGUUUUACUAGUGCUGUUAACAUCCAAACUUUCUAGUCAAGUUUUUGCCCAACCUGUUUCUGUUCAGCUUGGUUUUGCUCACCCAGUAGGCUGUUUUUAAUAAUAAUAAAAAAAAUAAAAAAUAAUCUCCCUGAGAUGUGGGCGAACAAACAAAAGGCGACUGGACCCUCUCUGAAGGAAAUCUUGUUUGUAGAUGCUUUCCUUAUUCUUGGAGGACCUGCAAAAGGCUUUUACAUUUAAUUUUUUAAAUAUAUAUAUAUAUAUAUAUAUUUAUAGUCUAUAGCUGGGUUGGAGCUGGCUGGAGGUUUCUCGUGUAAAGGGUAAAGGCCAGAGACCAUGGCUCUUCCUGAUUUUAUUUAGGGAGAGCUGAGGCCCCGUGUCAGGUCGGUCUGACAGAAAUCACUGCCAUCAUGAGAUAAUGGACUGGGGAGAAGAACGGGCCAGCCUUGAAGGCUGAACUAUGUCUUUACUUUUUAAUAAAAGAUUAAAACAUU